AUGCAGUGCAGUGUUGUGCAGUGCAGUGUGCAGUGUGGUGCUGUGUGGCAGUGUGGUGCUGUGCAGUGCAGUGCGGUGCUGUGCAGUGCGGUGCUGUGUAGUGCGGUGCUGUGCAGUGUGCAGUGUGAUGCUGUGCAGUGCGCAGUGUGGUGCUGUGCUGUGCAGUGCUGUGCAGUGCCAUGUGCAGUGCAGUGUGGUGCUGCGCAAUGCAGUGUGAUGCUAUGCAGUGAAUUGCUGUGCAGUGUUGUGCUGUGCAGUGUGAUGCUGUGUGGUGCAGUGCGGUGCUAUGCAGUGCAGUGUGGUGCUGUGCUGUGCAGUGUGGUGCUGUGCAGUGCCAUGUGCAGUGCAGUGUGGUGCUGUGCUGUGCAGUGUGGUGCUGUGCAGUGCCAUGUGCAGUGCAGUGUGGUGCUGUGCAAUGCAGUGUGA